AUGGAGGCUAAGGUAGGGUUAGUAUAAAUUAGGGUUAGGACUGGGGGGAGAGUGAUUAAAGGUAGGGUUGUAUAACAUUAGGGGUUAGGGUUUUUUUGUAUUUUUUAAGUUUUAGGAAUGGGCUGAAGGUCGGUAGGGUUAGUCUUUACAUUAGGGUUAGGACUGUGGAGCUAAGGGAGGGUUAUUAGUCUACAUUAGGGGUGUAGGACUGGAGACUUAAGGUAGGGUUAGUCUACAUCAGGGUUAGGGCUGGAGGCUAAGGUUAGGGUUCAGUCACAUUAAGCGGUUAGGAGGGAGGAGCUUAAGGUGGGUUUAGUCUACAUUAGGGUUAGGGAAAAACUGGAGCUAAGGUAGGGUUAGUCUACCUUAGGGUUAGGACUGGAGGCUAUGGUUUAGGGUUAGUCGAAAUGAGGGGUUAGGAUGCUAAGGGGAGAUUAUUUUUCUAAGGUUUAGGGGGUAGUUACAUUAGGGUUGUUAGGGCGGCGGAGUUAAGGUAGGGUAGUCUACAUUUAGGGUUAGGACUGGAGCGCGCCUAAUGGUAGGGUUAGUCUACAUUAGGGUUUGUUUAGGGCUGGAAGCCAGGUAGGGUUAGUCUACAUUAGGGUUAGGGGACUGGAGCUAAGGUAGGGUAGUCUACAUAGGGUUAAGACUGGAGCUAAGGUAGGGUUCAGUCUACAUUAGGGUUUAGGGAUGGAAGCUUAGCUAAGGUAGGGUAGUCUACUUAGGGUUAGGGACUGGAGCUCUGAAGGUGAGGGGUUAGGAGUAUAAAUUAGGGUUAGGGAGGGAGCGAAGGUAGGGGUAGUCUACAUAGAUAAUGGACUCGUUACGACUGUAAAGAAGGUUUGUGACCGUCCUCCUGUACUAGAGAGGAAGAGCAAGAAGAAUGAGAAAGCAGAAGGAGAAGAAAGGAAGACGAGAGAGAGAAGCGGAAGUAGAAGAGAAGAGAAGGAGAGAGAUUCAGAUAUAAUAAAUAUAAACUUGAAUAAAAAUAAAAUAAUAUGAAAUUAAACAGAAUACACGGCAAUUAUUUUCAAGAAAAAGAAAAGAAUAAAAGGAAGCACAGCAAGAAAAUAAGGUGAAGUGAGGAAGCAAAAGAGCAGAGAAAAAGAAGGAAAAGGAGAGAAAAGAAGAAAGUAGCGAAGAGGACGAAAAGAAGCAAGAAGAAAAGAUAAAAUACAAAAAAGAAGAGAAAGAGAACAACGAAGAAAAGAAGAGAAGGGACGAGAAAGAAGAAAAGAAGCUGCUCCUCUCCCCUCCUCCCCUCCUCCCGCCCCUCCCUCCUCCUCCUUCUCCUAUCCCUCCUACCCUCCGCCCCUCAUCUCCUCCGCUCACAGCAUACACCCCGACUCUUCUCAUCGCCCCCUCCUCCCAUCCUCCCUCCGUGCCCUCGUCCCUCCUCCCCUACUCUUCGCAUUCUCCCCUCCUAACCUCCCCUCCUCCUCCUCCUACUAUUCUCCUCCCCCUCCUCCCCUCCUCCCUCCUCCUCCUCUCCUCCUCUCCUCUCCUCCCCUUCCCUACCCCAGGUCCAGAUGUUUGCCCCCAACAUGGACCAAAUGCAUGUGGUGAACCACUGUGUGGGGAAACCCACGGCGGAGAAACGCAACGUCCUGGAGGAGAGUGCUCGUAUCGCCCGCGGCGAUGUGUCUGACCUCGACAAGCUAGAGGUCACCGCCUUUGACGCCCUCGUUAUCCCAGGUGAGCAUAACUCCUUCAUCUCGCACCAGCACAUUGAUAAUAUGAAACUGGUACUGACCUUGUACAUAGCUAACACUCUCCUUGUCUUUAUCUUUCAUUAAUAUGAUACUUUAUUAUAUAUCUCUGUUACUAUAUCUUCACUCCUUUAUGCUAUAUCUCUGUUACUAUCAUCACUCUUUCACUAUGACUUCAUUUCUAUCACACCCUAAACAUCACACAACCACUAUUUCCUCCCCCCUGAAGCAGGUCUCCACAGUGCUCCUCUCAACUGAACGGUGUUGUUUCUUGCAGGUGGUUUUGGCGUGGCUAAAAACCUGUCUGACUGGGCGGUGAAGGGGAAGGAGUACACGGUUCAACCCCAGGUAGAGAAGCUGAUUAAGGGGUUCCAUGCUGCAGGGAAGCCCCUGGCUAUGUGCUGCAUCUCCCCUGUCCUGGCUGCUAAGGUCCUGCCUGGGUGUGAGAUCAACGUGGGACAGGACAAGGAGUGUAAGAGGUGGGUUACAGUGUCACAGGUGUGGGUGAACAGGGCAAAGUGUGUGUUUGUGAGAGAGAGGGUGUGUCGAUCUGUGGUGUGUCGUCGUGUUAUGUGGUGUGUGGUAUGUGUGUGUGCUGGGUGUCUGUUGGUCUGGUGCUGUGUGGGUGUGUGUGUGUGGUGUGUGGUGUGUGUGUGUGGGUGUGUGUGUGUGUGUGUGUGAGAGGAGAGAGAGAGAGAGUGAGUGUGUGUAUGAGAGAGAGUAGAGGGAACAGAGAGAUAGGAGAGAGAGAGAGGAGGAGGACGAGAGGAGGAGAGAGAGGAGAGAGAGGAGUGAGAGAGGGUGUUGGGUGUUUGGCUGGAGGGAGAGAGGACGGGGAGAGAGAGGGGUGUGGUGGUGGUGUGUGAGAGAGAGAGGAGGAGAGAGAGAGAGAGAGGGAGGAAGAGAGGAGAGAGAAGAGGAGAGGGAGGAGAGAGAAGUGGAGGGGGAGAGAAGAGAAGGCGAGAGAGAGGGUGUUUUCGGGGGGUCCAUUCUGUGGUGUGAGGUGGAGGAGAGGGGGGAGGAGACGAGAAGAGGAACAGGAGAGUAGAGAAGGGAGUGGAGAAAGAGAGAGAGAGAAAGAGAGAGAGAGAGGAGAGAGAGAGAGAGGAAGAGAGGGAGAGAGAGAGAGGCGGGGAGGGAGGGCGAUGGGAGAGAGAAGGAGGGCAGGAGGGGAGAGAGAGAGGGAGUGGAGGAGAGAGAGGAUGAGGAGAAGAGAAGAGAAAGGAUGAGAGGGAGAGAGGAGGAGAGAGAGAGAAAAGAGAGAUGAGAGGAGAGAAAGGCGAAGAGACAGAGAGAGAGAGAGGAGAGAGGAGGAGAGAGAGAGAGAGAGGGGAGAGAUGAGAGAGAGUGUGUUAGGGGGGAGAGAGAGAGGAGAGCGAGAAGAGGAGAUGAGUUGGAGAAGAGAGGAAGGAGAGAGCGAGAGAGGAGUUGUUUUGUCUCGGUGGUGUAGUUUGAUGUGUGUUUUUUUGUAGAUUUGUGGUGUUUGUUGAUGUGUGUGAAGUGUUUGGUGUGGGUUGUGUGUGUUUAUGUGAGAGAGAGAGAGAGAGAGAGAGAGUUGGUGGGGGAUGGAGAGUUUGUGUGUGUGUGGAGGAGAGAGAGAGAGAGAGAGAGAGAGAGACGAGAGAGCGACGAGAGGGCGAGGGAGAGGAGGGGGAGAGAUGGGAGAGAGGGGGAGGAGGAGAGAUGGGAGGACGAGAGCUCGCUCUCUGGGCGAGAGCGAGAGAGGAGACCAGGAGAGGAGAGUAGAGCGAAGAAAGGGGAGAGAGAGAGAGAGAGAGAGAGUGUGCUGAUAUGUCUCUGUUUGUUUUUAACCUGCUGCUCUUCUCUCUCCUGCCACUAGAUGGCCCAAUGCCCAGACAGCAACUGCCAUGACGGAGAUGGGCUGUAAACAUGUGAAUAAGAAAGUGGGGGAGGUCCACAUCGAUGUGAAGAACAAGCUGGUCACCUCCUCCGCCUUCAUGUGUAACGCUCCCAUACAUGAGGUGUUUGAUGGGGUGGGCGUCAUGGUUACAGAGCUGCUCAAACUGGCCUAGGAGACGUCUGGGAUUCAGAAUACUGAUGAACUGUGCUUCCCAAAAGGAACCCUAUUCCCUUGAUAGUGCUAAUGAGCCUUUGUGCAAAGUAGGGCACAGGGAACCAUUUGGGAAUCACCCUUACAAUCAUGUUUGUUGUUGUUUGUGUUUGUUGUUGUGUGUUUACCUGGAGACCGUCCUGAUCUGAAUGUACUGGACACAGAUUGUGUUUCUGUUGUAUCAUCGAUCUCUCUGACUGUGGGAUGACUUUUGCCAUUAUCAAAAUUGUAAUAAAAGUCCAACCAAACCAUGGAAUGAA